AUGUCUUCAGCAACAUGGCGAAGGAUCUCUGAUCCUGUGAGGUUCAUGUUCAAAACUUAUCUUGCUGCUGGGAAACAAUAUGAAACAUAUUCCAAUCCAGAUGUGAAGGCUGCCUUACUAAAAGGUACCAAACUAUACCAACAGUAUCAGCAGUAUAAACUUUUAAGAGAAAAUUCAAUUGAUAUGAGUGUAUUUCUGCCUAUUGAAGUUAAAGCUUUAGGUCCUGUUUUAGCCGAAAAACUUGAUUUGGGUGAUUUGGACGAACGUGAUAUUGAUUCUAUGUGGAAAGAAGAUGUGGCCCGAGAUUUGAAGGGCAUUUCAUUUGAUAAUAUUUUAGAAUCUCCCAUAUAUUCAGAAGCAUUGAAAUCUCCUCGUAACAUAACUGAUCUUCAAGCAAGGGUUUUAGGAGUAUUUGCAGCAUCUUGUCUGCCACAUUUAUCCGUGCCUAUGAAAUUACAACCGGCAAUCUCUUCAUUUAAAUGGUAUCUUCGACUCCUAGCAAAUACUCCUGUGGUACUUAUAUUGAAAAUACGGCGAAGGUUAUUUUCUGAUGAUUCUUUGGGUCUGAUUGAUUUAUUAGGAUUGGAAUUUGAAAAAUCCCUUGAUGAUGUAAGAGCUACAUUAAAACCAGAAACUUUACAUGAUCCAGAUUUUGGUAUUCGAAAUUAUCAUUUCACUCAUUUAUCAAGUUCUGAUUUAUUAGCAUUAGCCAUAAGAUCCCAACCUGCAUUUCUUGAUGCCAAUGAUAAUUUUGAACAGAUUCUCAAAACUAUUGAUUGGAAUCAAUUCAACUCAUUACCUGAUUCCUUCUGUGAUACAAUUGUCUCAAGAAAUAUUUCAUUCCUUCAAAUGCCUGAUGGGAUUGUUAUUCCUACUCCAGAAAUUGGUGAAUUGAAAAGAAAUAUACCUUUGACAGCUACUUUAGGUGCAACAGAUUUAAUACCUGAAGAUUUACCAUAUGAUUUGGAAUAUGAUGAUCUUUACCUUUUAACUAUAGAGAAUGCUGGACUCAACCACAAUUUGGAGCCGCUACUUGAUGCUGUAGGAACCUCACCCUUUGAAGUUAUUGGUGCAAGAGUAAUGUUGGGCAAUGAAGAAAUCAAUAAUUUUUUCAAAGAAGCCACUGAGUCUCAUAGCCAUAAAGAUAAUACUCUUAUUACAUAUGAUGAUUUGAUAUUAAUGGCUCAAAAAGCCCGACUGGAAGCAUCUGGACCUCCUUCUGCUGCACAUUCCCUUUUCACAAAGCUUGGACAAUGGAACCAAGCCAAAGUUACAAUGGGUCCUCAUAAGAAUUGCAUUUAUCUUGGACCAUCAUCUUAA